AUGUCGAAGACUGCAAUCCAGCUACCUCAACCAACGACCCCUGCGGUUGUACCGAAAAAGAAACCCUAUCCUUUUUGGCUUGGUGGUGUUGCGGCGACUAUUGCUGCGUCGAUAACGCAUCCCCUGGACCUGACCAAAGUCCGGCUACAAGCUUCCGGAGACAAGCGUAUGUUAGAAAGUAUCAAGAAGACGCUUAGAACGGCGGGCGUGCGAGGACUUUUCGAUGGCAUAACGGGCACUUGGAUGCGUCAGAUGUCUUACUCGAUGUGUCGUUUCUGGGCAUAUGAGGAAAGUAAGAAGUUGAUUGGGGCUACGGAAAAAGGCGCGCCUGCUUGGAAAUUGGGUCUUGCUGGCAGUAUGGCCGGAGGAAUUGCGGGAUUUAUCGGGAAUCCAGGAGAGAUUGUUAUGGUUCGCUUGCAAGGAGAUUUUGCCAAGCCUCCAGAGAAGAGGUUUAACUACAAACAUUGUUUUGACGCCUUGUUUAGGAUGGUCCGAGAGGAGGGUGCAUCGUCAUUAGCACGUGGAGUGGGGCCGAACGUCUUCCGUGCGAUAUUGAUGAACGCCAGUCAACUUGCUUCGUACGACUUUUUCAAAGCCGAGCUCCUCAAGACACCCUACUUUGAAGACAACAUUGCAUGCCAUUUCACCGCUAGUUUCGCAGCCGGUACCGUCGCAACCACAAUUUGCUCGCCUGCAGAUGUCCUCAAGAGUCGAAUCAUGAACGCCUCGGGACCUGGAUCGAGUUCUACUAUGGGCGCUAUUCGGACUGCGAUCCAGAGCGAGGGACCUAUGUUCAUGUUCAAGGGAUGGGUACCUGCAUGGAUGCGUCUACAGCCGACGACGAUACUGAUUUUCCUAACUCUGGAGCAACUGAAGAACCUUGUCGACUUUACAAGGAGCAAAGGUCAUGACUUUGUAUGA